CGAGCCGUUGACAAAAAAAGGGAGGAUGGGUUGUCGGGCCCAGCGGUCCUGGUUUGUUUUGGUGCUCGUUUUCUCAUUUAUGAAAUGGGUUGAUGACGUGUAUUUCUUCUGGAAUAAUGCCUUAUUUGCAACAUUUAAUAUUCUUUUCACUUCAUUAUUUAUUCUUCAUCACUGAGCACAGGUUGCUUUCUAACUUUUUUAAUUUUGUUGUUUUUAUUUAUAGCCUUGUCCCUUAAAAUUAUAUUUUUUGGUUUUACUUCAAAGUUGCUUAGGUUUUCCCAAAUGAAAUGAGAAGUAAAGACAUACUUUUCUUUUAUUAGUAGUUUCAUUCAUUAAGCUCAACUUUUAACAUUAAAGAAAACCCUAUGAGUAUUUUUUGAUCUAUCAAUUUAAGGUGUGAAUUUAAAACUUCACCGAUAAUGGAGUUAGCACACAGUUUGCUGUUAAAUGAAGAUGCUUUGGCUCAAAUCACAGAAGCAAAGAGACCAGUUUUUAUCUUUGAAUGGCUGCGAUUUCUUGAUAAAGUCUUGGUUGCUGCCAACAAGACUGAUGUAAAGGAAAAACAGAAAAAACUUGUUGAACAACUAACUGGAUUAAUAAGUAGUUCACCUGGACCACCUACACGGAAACUGCUAGCUAAAAAUCUCGCAGCCCUUUAUAGCAUUGGGGAUACUUUUACUGUUUUUCAAACACUUGAUAAAUGUAAUGACAUUAUCAGAAAUAAAGAUGACACUGCAGCCUACUUACCAACAAAAUUGGCGGCAGUAGCCUGUGUUGGAGCAUUUUAUGAAAAAAUGGGGAGAAUGUUAGGCAGUGCAUUUCCAGAAACAGUAAAUAAUCUUUUGAAAUCUCUGAAAAGUGCAGAGUCUCAAGGGCGAAGUGAAAUCUUAAUGAGUUUACAGAAAGUUCUCAAUGGACUGGGUGGUGCGGCAGCUUCCUCUCAUCGUGAUAUUUACAAGAACGCCAGGUCCCUCUUGACAGACAGGUCAAUGGCUGUUAGAUGUGCAGUUGCCAAGUGUCUACUAGAACUACAGAAUGAAGCUGUAUUCAUGUGGACAGCUGAACUGGAAAAUAUAGCUACUCUCUGCUUUAAGGCUUUGGAAAACUCAAAUUAUGGAGUACGAGUGGCGGUGUCUAAACUCUUAGGAACAGUCAUGGCAACAGCAUUGAUGCCAAAACAGGCUACAGUAAUGCGCCAGAAUGUGAAGCGAGCAACAUUAGAUGAAGUCUUAGAACUCAUGGCCACAGGAUUUCUACGUGGAGGGUCAGGUUUCUUAAAGAGUGGUGGAGAAAUGUUAAAAGUUGGAGGGUCGGUUAAUCGUGAAGUAAGAGUUGGAGUUACACAGGCAUAUGUUGUUUUUGUGACAACAUUGGGUGGUCAGUGGUUGGAGCGUAGCUUUGCUACAUUCUUGUCCCAUGUACUUGAUCUGGUUUCUCAUCCUCGGGCAACACAAACACAUGUAGAGGCUGUGUACUCAAGACGAUGUGUCUCCUUUAUCCUAAGAGCUACCGUGGGCAGUUUGCUAGGUGAAAAAGCCCAGAUUGCAGCUGCCAAGGAAAUCUGCCAAGCCAUCGGAAAACAAAUGAAAGCAGUAGAAGCAGUAGUGAAUGAUACAAGUGGUGAAAACAAGUCUGGCGGAGCAGACAUUGCAGCAAGCCAGCAUGUGAUGGUCUGUGCCCUCCAAGAGCUCGGGAGCCUGGUCCAGAGCCUAAACGCCACUGCCUCCCCUCUUAUCCAGGAAGCAUCUAUAGGACUUUUGGAGACUGUGACUUCGGUGCUUCUUCAUCCAAGUAUGGCUGCCCGACUUGCUGCUGCAUGGUGUUUGCGCUGUGUGGCUGUGGCACUACCUUUCCAGUUGACACCAUUUCUAGACAGGUGUGCAGAACGGCUCAACAACUUGAAGACUUCACCAGAAGCUGUUAGUGGAUACAGUUUUGCAAUGGCUGCUUUGUUAGGUGGAGUUCAUCAGUGUCCUCUGGGCAUUCCUCAUGCCAAGGGAAAGAUGGUCGUGAGUAUUGCUGAAGAUCUCUUACGAACUGCAGCACAAAAUAGCAGGCUGUCUUUACAGCGCACCCAAGCUGGAUGGCUUUUGCUUGGAGCACUUAUGACUUUAGGGCCGUCUGUCGUUCGUUACCAUCUGCCCAAGAUGUUGUUAUUGUGGCGAAAUGUUUUCCCUCGUUCUUUAAAGGAACUGGAGGCUGAGAAGGCCAGAGGAGACUCUUUUACCUGGCAGGUAACAUUGGAAGGUCGUGCUGGAGCUUUAUGUGCAAUGAGGAGUUUUGUUGCUCAUUGUCCUGAGCUCCUAACUGAAGAUGUGAUUAGAAAGCUGAUGACCCCUAUUGAAUGUGCCAUGACUAUGAUGUCGCAUAUUCCAUCUGUAAUUAAAGCCCAUGGAGCUCAUUUGAAAGCCAGUGCUGCAAUGGUCCGUUUAAGACUUUAUGAUAUCUUGGCUUUGUUACCUCCAAAAACUUACGAAGGAUCUUUCAAUGCACUCCUUAGAGAGUUGGUAGCAGAAUUCACUUUGACUGACAACUCUGCCAACACGACUACAUCCCUCCUCAGAUCCCUCUGCCAUUAUGAUGAUAGUGUUCUUCUUGGCUCCUGGCUUCAAGAAACUGACCAUAAAUCAAUUGAAGACCAGCUCCAGCCAAACAGUGCUUCUGGAAGUGGGGCUCUAGAGCAUGAUCCAUCCUCCAUUUAUUUACGAAUACCUGCUGGGGAGGCCGUGCCUGGUCCUCUCCCUCUUGGAGUCUCAGUCAUUGAUGCCUCCGUGGCUCUUUUUGGUGUAGUGUUUCCUCAUGUUUCUUAUAAACACCGAUUGCAAAUGUUGGAUCACUUUGCUGAAUGUGUUAAGCAAGCCAAAGGUGUCCGCCAGCAGGCUGUGCAGCUUAACAUAUUUACUGCUGUUCUUAGUGCACUGAAGGGCUUAGCUGAAAACAAAAGUACUCUAGGACCCGAGGAGGUUCGUAAAUCUGCUCUGACACUGGUUAUGGGUGCUCUUGACAAUCCAAACCCCAUCUUACGGUGUGCGGCAGGGGAAGCUCUUGGAAGAAUGGCUCAGGUGGUUGGAGAAGCAACUUUUAUUGCUAGAAUGGCACAAUAUAGCUUUGACAAGUUGAAAUCAGCUCGAGAUGUUGUAUCUAGAACUGGUCAUUCAUUGGCUCUUGGUUGUUUGCAUCGUUAUGUUGGUGGGAUAGGCUCAGGACAACACCUGAAGACGAGUGUCAGCAUUUUAUUGGCUCUGGCACAAGAUGGAACAUCCCCUGAAGUCCAGACUUGGUCUCUUCAUUCGCUUGCUUUGAUAGUGGAUUCUAGUGGCCCAAUGUAUCGUGGAUAUGUGGAACCAACGUUAUCUCUUGUUCUUACCUUGUUGUUGACAGUUCCACCUUCACAUACAGAAGUUCAUCAGUGUUUAGGUAGAUGCUUAGGUGCAAUAAUAACUACCGUUGGCCCUGAACUACAAGGGAAUGGAGCAACAAUUUCUACAAUCCGUUCCUCUUGUUUAGUGGGUUGCGCAAUAACCCAGGACCAUUCAGAUUCUCUCGUUCAGGCAGCUGCCAUAUCGUGCCUUCAGCAGCUUCACAUGUUUGCACCACGACACGUCAAUCUAUCUAGUCUUGUUCCUAGCCUUUGCGUUCACUUAUGUAGUUCCCACUUGUUACUUCGACGGGCAGCUGUAGCGUGUCUCCGGCAGCUUGCACAAAGAGAAGCAGCUGAAGUAUGUGAAUAUGCCAUGAGCCUGGCAAAAAAUGCAGGGGACAAAGAGAGCAGUGGUGUCAAUGUCAAUCCUUUUGCACCUGGGGUUAGUUCUCGAAGUGAUAUCCAUUGCCGACACCAAGGUGUUAAUAUAACAGAAACUGGUCUUGAAGGACUUCUUUUUGGAAUGCUAGACCGGGAGACAGAUCGAAAAUUAUGUUCUGAUAUUCAUGACACUUUGGGACAUAUGCUUUCAUCUCUGGCAAUAGAAAAACUGUCCCAUUGGCUAAUGCUUUGUAAAGAUGUUCUGGCAGCUUCUAGUGAUAUGAGUACUGCAACUCUCUUAAGUAGUGGAAAAGAUGAAGAAUCUGAAAAGAAAGAUGAGAUGGAUGAUGAUACCAUGUUUACCACACUAGGUGAAGAAGAUAAAUCAAAGCCCUUUGUGGCACCUCGCUGGGCCACUCGGGUAUUUGCUGCUGAUUGCCUGUGUCGAAUCAUCAAUCUGUGUGAGAAUGCAGACCAGGCUCACUUUGAUCUUGCCGUGGCACGUUCUGCAAAACUGCGAAACCCCACAAAUGACCUAUUAGUACUUCAUCUCUCUGACCUGAUUCGCAUGGCAUUCAUGGCUGCAACUGAUCAUAGCAACCAGCUGCGGAUGGCUGGUCUCCAAGCACUUGAAGACAUUAUCAAGAAGUUUGCCUCUGUGCCUGAGCCAGAAUUUCCAGGUCAUGUGAUUCUGGAGCAAUAUCAAGCUAAUGUGGGAGCUGCUCUAAGACCAGCUUUUUCACAAGAUACUCCAUCAGACAUAAUAGCAAAAGCUUGCCAGGUAUGUAGUACAUGGAUUGGAAGUGGAGUUGUGAGUGAUCUCAAUGACCUCCGUCGAGUACACAAUCUGCUGGUGUCUUCUCUCGACAAAGUUCAAGCUGGAAGAGGGUCCUCCAGCCAGCUGUACCGAGAGAGUGCCACAACCAUGGAAAAGCUGGCUGUACUUAAAGCAUGGGCAGAGGUAUAUGUAGUUGCUAUGAAUAUUAAAAAGGAAGCUGAGUCAAAACCAAAAAGAGCUACUAAAAAUACUGAUGAUGAUGACGAUGAUUAUGGUACCAUAGAUGAACUACCACCAGAUAGCUUAAUAACACUUGUACAACCUGAACUGCCAAUACUCAGUCACCUGUGGUUGGCAGCAUUAAAAGACUAUGCGCUUUUGACUUUACCAGCUGAAUUUGCUAGUCAGCUCCCCCCAGAUGGUGGAGCAUUUUAUACUCCUGAGACUAUUGAUACAGCUAGACUUCACUACCGGAAUUCCUGGGCCCCAGUUCUCCAUGCAGUGGCACUUUGGUUAAAUAGCACAGGGUUUACAUGCUCAGAGACAACAGAAGCAGCAGCUAUAUCUGGUUCACAAAAACGUUCCACAUCCGUCAUUUUCCAGGCAUCAGUAGCAACGCCUAGUGCUAAGUCUUUGCCAGAAAUUAACAAAGACAGGAUGCAUCUGAUUUUAGGUGUGAGUAUACAGUUUCUUUGUUCCCCGAGACCUGAGGAGCCUAUUGAACAUGUUACAGCGUGUUUACAGGCCUUACACACCUUGCUAGAUUCUCCUUAUGCCCGAACCCAUAUUGCAGAAGAUCAGCUGAUUGGUGUUGAGUUGCUGAGUGUUUUGCACCGCCUCCUACUGACCUGGAACCCACCGUCCGUCCAGCUGCUGGUUACUGGAGUUGUACAGCAGAUAGUCAGAGCUGCUCAGGAUUAUUUGCAAGAAAAAAGAAACACUCUAAAUGAAGAUGAUAUGGAAAAAGAUCCCUGUCCCGUAUUAGGAGAAGGAGGUGACAGCGGUGGUCUUAUUCCUGGAAAAUCUCUUGUCUUUGCAACUAUGGAGCUGUUGAUGUUUAUUUUAGUACGGCAUAUGCCACAUCUCAGUACCAAGAUGUCAGACUCUCCAAGUCACAUAACCACUAAAACUCGACUCUCAGAAGAAAGUGCUCGUUUGGUGGCAGCGGCCGUUACCAUACUCUCUGACUUACCAUCCCUUUGUUCACCUGCUGGGUGUAUGACAGUACUGCCUACGAUUCUGUUUUUAAUUGCAAGAAUAUUGAAAGACACAGCAAUAAAAUCUGCAGAUAAUCAGGUUCCGCCACCAGUCAGUGCAGCUCUUCAAGGGAUCAAAAGUAUUGUGACACUUUCAAUGGCCAAAACUGAGGAAACUCAAAAACAAUGGACAGCUCUAAUUCGCAGUACUCUUGCAUGCAUCCUGGAAUAUUCUCAGCCAGAAGAUUCUGUGUCUACGCCUGAUGAAGUAAGCAUGCUAACAGCAAUUGCACUCUUCCUGUGGUCUGCUAGUAGUGAAAUAAUAGGAGUCCAGUCAUUACAGAAUGGCUGCAUGAACAGAUUUAAAAAUGCAUUAAAUUCAUGUGACCCAUGGGUUCAAGCUAAAUGUUACCAGCUUCUCCUCUCAGUCUUCCAGCAUUCCAAUCGUGCCCUUUCAACUCCCUAUAUCCACUCAUUAGCUCCAAUAGUGGUUGAAAAGCUAAAAGCUGUUGAAAGAAACAAACCAACCAGUGACACUGAACUUGUAGCUGUUCAGGAAGGAAUCAAAGUUCUUGAAACAUUGGUUGCUCUUGGUGAAGAACAGAACAGAGUCCAGUUACUUGCUCUUUUAGUUCCAACGUUGAUCUCGUACCUGCUGGAUGAAAUUUCUUUUGCCUCAGCAAGAAAAGCUUCCAAAGAUCUUCAUGAGUUUGCACUCCAGAAUUUAAUGCAUAUUGGACCUCUGUAUCCACAUGCUUUCAAGACAGUAAUGGGGGCUGCUCCUGAGCUGAAAGUGCGUUUGGAAACUGCUGUGCGAGCAAGCCAAGCUAGCAAGGCUAAAGCAGCUGCCCGGCAGCCAGCCCCUGCCACAUACUCUGCUCCAACAAUUAAGCUAAAAACAAGUUUUUUUUAAUUUUCUCUUCCAUUCAUUUUUAUUUACAUUGUUAGCUAGCACCUAAUUAGUGAUAACUAUUGUAUCAUUCCAUGCUUUCAGUCUAUUUUAUUUGUAUGUUGGUAAUAUAGUGCUUCCAAGUAUGCUAAGUGAAAUAAUGCUCACACCACUUAUUGAUUUUGAGGAGUAAUUAUUUGUAUCAUGUGGUAAUUUUGUUUUCAUUUUUCUCCUAGUAACGAUUCUCUUUUAUUAAUUAAUUUAUUUUUUAGACACUGAGCCAUAGUUUCUAAACUUAAAUGGGGGAAAUAUAAUUGUAUCAUGUAGUUGGACAGUCUAUUGAUAUUGUCAGGAAAACAUAGGUUAAAAUUCAACAUCUGUCAGCAAAAUUUUUAAUUGAAAAACAAGCAGAAUUUAAAUUUUAAGUUACCAAGAUAACAAAAAGUGUCUGUUUUGUGUUUAUAUAGUAUAAAAGAAGUCACAACAUUUUAUCGUUUCCCA